AGCUCUGUCGUCUGUCCUUUGUCUCUCUCUCUCUCUAACAUUCAGACUUUUACCGUGAUGUGAAGCUGACCCGGCCCGGACCUCUCUCUCUCUCUCUCUCUCUCUAUCAGUGGGGCAUUUUCUUUCACUUUUCACUCUUUUCGGAGCUUUUCUCUCUCUAAAUUACAGCUAGGCAGCUUGCUUCAAUGGCGACCCAAGAGCUCAACAAACCUCCUUCACUCCCUUCGUACCCACAGAUGAUUAUGGAAGCACUAGACGAACUGAAACAAGCCGAGGGGGCAAACAAAUCAUCGAUAUCCAAUUACAUGGAGUCCAAGUACGGAGAAAUGCCACCUGGCCAUGCAGAAUUCUUGACACAUCACCUAACCAGAAUGAAGGAAGGCGGCGAGCUUCUCUUCGUCAAGAACAACUACCUCAAGCCCGGCGCGGAUGCACCUCUCAAACGAGGCAGGGGCCGCCCCCCAAAGGCAAAGGAGCCUCUACCCCCGGGGGCCCCCACCCCCACCCCCGCCCCUGCCCCUGCCCCCGGCCCCACUAGGCCAAGGGGCCGGCCAAGGAAGGAUCCAAAUGCACCCCCCGCCCCCAAGAAACCGAAGCCUCAGGCGGGCCCGCCGAGCAUCUCCAAGACGGGAAGGCCUAGGGGAAGGCCGAGGAAGGUCAAUCCACAUCCAUUGCAGAAUGUAGCUGAGGUUUGAAUCGUUUGUGUGAUUCAUUUUAGGUUGCUUUAAUUAUUGAAUUGUAUGUGCGUGUGUGUGUGCGCGUGUGUGUUUUUCCUUUUAAAAAAAGACUUUGUAGGGUCUUGUGUGUAGUAGUGUCGUUUGGCCAACUUUGAUGUAAAUUUAUGAAGUAUGCUCGGUGUCUAGUGAUGUUUGUGGAGUUUCAAUGAGUAGAGAUUUAUCUAAUCUUAUUCGAUAAGGUUCGCUUGUUUAUUUUU